ACAGAUUAGAAGAGCACAGUAAGGACCGAUAGUGUGAUGCCUUAUUAUCUGUUUGCAACUCAUCAGGUUUUUUUUCAAUUGUAUUGACUUCCCUAAGAUCAUUUUACUAGUGACACUCAGGUGCUGAUGUCUCCCUUUCUGCUUACACACUGUAGCUUACUUCAAGCUGAUAAGAGUCAUUCCUCUUCCUUCCUGUUAUCAGACUGGCUUGGAGUAGGUGCCAAUGCACAGAAUGAUAUCUUUCUGUUAGCAAAAUGACCUGCCUUUGUGAAUUUCUAUUCCGAAUGGAGAAGUCCGGGUCGCUCAGCUUUAUUUUGAAAUCUAUUUAAAUAGUAUUUUUGUGUCUCUGUGCUUGCUGGUGAAAACGUGCUAGCAACACAGGAGUCCACAGUUAAUAUCUCACACGGCUUGUUGAAGUGAUCCGGGUACAAUAACAUGGACAGAGAUGAAGAAAACUACUACGGAAAACACGGUGAACCAAGGAAAUUUGACCCGAAGUUCAGAGGACCUAUUCAUAACAGGCAUUGUACAGAUGUCAUUUGCUGUGUGAUUUUCAUAGUCGUCAUUCUGGGUUACAUUGCAUUAGGAAUUGUGGCUUGGGUGCAUGGUGACCCGAGGAAAGUGAUUUAUCCAACCGACAGCUAUGGACAGUUCUGUGGUCAGAAAGAUACCCUCAAUGAGAACAAGCCUAUUUUGUUUUACUUUAACAUUCUGAAAUGUGCCAGCCCCAUAGUGUUAAUAAACCUACAGUGCCCUACAACACAGCUUUGUGUCUCAAAGUGCCCCGACAGGUUUGCAACCUACAUCGAUGUUCAGGCCUCCUAUAGAUAUAAACCGGAUCAGUGGAAUUACUUCAAGCAGUUCUGUAAACCCGGUUUUAACAAUCCCCGCAAGUCUGUUACUCAAGUCCUACGUGAUGAAGAUUGUCCUUCGAUGAUCAUUCCAAGCAGGCCUUUUCUUAAGCGAUGCUUCCCAGACUUCUCCACGAAGAAUGGUGUGCUAACCGUGGCAAAUCAGACUACGUUCAGAGAUGGAAGAGGGAAAAUGAGAAAUGUAACUGAUCUCAGGGAAGCUGCAAACGGCAUCAAUAAUGUCCUGGAUGCAAGAUCAGUUGGAAUGAAAAUUUUCGAAGACUAUGCCAUUUCUUGGUAUUGGAUUUUAAUUGGGCUGUUCAUUGCAAUGAUUGUGAGUCUGCUCUUCCUUGUGUUAUUGAGGUUCACGGCUGGGGUUCUCUUCUGGAUUUUCAUCUUUGGUGUGAUUGGAAUUAUAGGUUAUGGCAUCUGGCAUUGUUACUGGGAGUAUGAUCAUCUUAAAGGAAUACCUGGAUCUGACCUCACUGUUUACGAUAUUGGAUUCCAGACAGACUUCAGAGUGUACCUGCAACUGAGACAAACAUGGUUAGCAUUUAUGAUAAUCCUUUGUGCUGUUGAGGUCAUAAUCAUGCUGAUGCUGAUCUUCCUAAGGAAUCGGAUCCGGAUUGCUAUUGCACUGUUGAAAGAAGGUAGUAGGGCUAUUGGCUAUAUAAUGUCUACAUUGUUCUAUCCGAUCGUCACCUUCAUACUCAUUGCAAUUUGUAUUUCCUACUGGGCUGUGACAGCUGUUUUUCUGGCUACAUCAGGAGAACCUGUGUAUAAAGUAAUGGCUAAUCAAACACUGUGCAAAUAUGCAAACCUGACUUGUGACCCAGAGACUUUUAACAAAACCAAUGUGACUAAAUUGUGUCCAGGUGCUCAGUGUACUUUUGCUUUCUAUGGAGGAGAAAGCCUUUACCAUAAGUACAUCUUCAUCUUCCAGUUAGCCAAUGCCUUUGUCUUUCUCUGGCUGGUGAACUUCGCAAUUGCACUGGGUCAGUGUACCCUUGCUGGUGCCUUUGCCUCUUAUUACUGGGCCUAUCGAAAACCAGCUGAUAUUCCACUGUGGCCACUCUUCUCUUCAUUUGGACGAGCAAUACGUUACCAUACAGGUUCACUGGCAUUUGGAGCCUUAAUUCUUGCAGUUGUCCAGCUUAUUAGGGUAAUACUGGAGUACUUGGAUCACAAACUGAAAGGUACACAGAACUCCUUCACUAGAUUUCUACUCUGCUGCCUCAAAUGCUGUUUCUGGUGUUUGGAAAAAUUCUUAAAAUUUAUAAACAGAAAUGCCUACAUCAUGAUCGCCAUAUAUGGUAAAAACUUCUGCACCUCGGCAAAGGAAGCAUUCUUUUUGCUCAUGCGGAAUGUGGUGAGAGUGGCAGUUCUGGACAAAGUUACAGACUUCCUUUUGUUCCUGGGGAAGAUUCUUGUUGCUGGUGGUGUAGGUGUUCUGGCGUUCUUUUUCUUCACACAGAGAAUACCAAUUUUUGCACAGGAAGCACCAACGUUAAAUUACUACUGGGUGCCAUUGUUGACGGUCAUUAUAGGCUCCUACUUAGUUGCACACGGGUUCUUCAGCGUCUAUGCAAUGUGUGUUGACACGCUUUUCCUCUGCUUUUGUGAAGACCUGGAAAGAAAUGAUGGAUCUACAGCAAAACCCUACUUCAUGUCAGCUAGCCUUCACCGAAUUCUAGGGAAGAAGGAACUAAGUCCUAAGAAGGCAGUGGGAUAACAAAUACUAAACCUCAACAUCAAAACAGUGUCACUUUUAAGCAAAACAUGUAUAAAGUAGGCAACAGUAAAAACUGUAAAUGAUGCUUCUGGUUAAUGGGUGAUUCUUUUUUUCCUUUUGCUUAUAUCUAAAAAAAUGAGCAACAUUGGUAACAUUUCACUAGUUUAAAUGCUUAAACUAACAGCUGUGAAAACAAGGCCACGAUUUUAGUUUAUAGAGUGCCUAUGAAAAGGAAAAUGUAAAUUUGAAGCUUUUUUAAGUCUAUAAUGAUGUUUUAAUAACUUUUGUAACACAAGUUGCUGCCUUAGAUGACAGCAGUUUUGAUAAUGUUUCUUUUUAUAAGUGUAUAUUUGUAAAAGAAAUUCAGGCAAUUUUUUUAAAGCACUAACAUAUAACCUAAUUAGCCAUAAAAAGAUAGUUCAAGACUCUCUAAUUAACCGGGAGAUGGUACUAAAUUUGUAAAUAUGGUGCUAUGAUUGUAUUUUUUUGUACAAGCUGGUUCACAGCUAUUUAAACUGUGAUUAUACAUGCAUUAAUGAUUCCCUACACUGAAAAAUGUAGUGAUAUUUUAAUCACAUCCACAACUGCAUCUUUUAAGAAACGAUGGUACCCUGCGGGUCCCGAAGAGGACAGUCGGAGCAGACUACAGCUGGCACUGCUUGAAGUGGAGUGUUCUGUGAGUUGUGCUUAAAAGAUGACAUAACUGCAAGAAGGUCCCACUGCACUUGAAGUGAUUUGUGGUUCACACAAAUGAGGUUCCAUCUGGUACAAGAUGGUGAAUGUAUCAUUUUUAGCUGAUAUCCAAGAGAGAUGCACUUGUGUUAAUAUCCCCUUAUCUCUAAUGAGUCUCUGAUUGUCUUCUACAUUAUGAGGAAGUUGAGCUUCACUGAAAAGAAAACCAAAUGCAGUCUUUUUUUCCUUAGAAGAAAGUCUUGGUUGUACCUGUGCACAAGGAAUUCCAUUGCCUCUGCCUAGCUCAGAAGGGCUUUUUAAGGAGAUGUUGCAAUGACCAUGCAGGUGCUGAGGGCCCAGCAUGCUCUUUCUGUGGGUCUCCAGGCUCUCAGUUGCUCACACAGUAAGGUAUUAAGACACUGAACUAGGGUCUUCUCAUGAUACAACAUGAAUUAUUUAGCUACUGAAGGAUGCUCCAAAAGAUUUAGUUUGCAUUUUGAUUGUUAAAUUUGCCUGGUCAGUAGUACAAAAUUGGUAGAAAGCACAUUAAUGUUCUGUUCAGUUUUAUGACUUCCCGUUAGUAGAACUGUCACUGAGGUCAGUAACAGCUCUGCUCGUGGAAGAAGUCUGACUCUGGAGUACUUCUCGAGCCUGUUAGUGCCAGGAGCUGAGCUGUAAAGGUUCCGGUUUAUGAGUCUCAUGGAUGGCCAAGGACCCAACCAUACUGAAGCCUGCCUUGAGUUUUCAUGCUCCUGCUGUGCUGACUAAGGUAUCCCGUUACUGUCAGCUUUCCUGGAGUGGCAUGUGCCAUACCUCUGCCAGACCCGUUACAGGAGUUCAGCACCUGGAAAUACUUUUCUAGCCCCAGGAGUCUGUUGUUGUCACAAAGAAAAAAGCAAAUUCUUUUCCAUAUGAUUUAAAUGCAAGUUUCUAGGGAAAAUUUGCUGAUGAUCCACAUCCUAAAGUGAUUUUGCUCUCUAACUUAUGGCUACAGUUUGUGGUGCCUGUAGUCACUCCAAAAGCAGAAAUAGUACAACAGCUCUGGGGGCACUCAGUGCAUAAAGCAAUCGCCACCCGUGUGCUUGCAGCCAUGGGCAGGACAGGAUCUUGAAAUCCUGUGAACUGAGGUGCAAGGGAUGGGAUCCCCAUCCAUAUUCUCUGUGACCCAACGGGCACUGUAGCCCUUUCCCCUGAAGCAGAAAUGAAUGAUUCAGUUUAGGACUCAAAUGAUGUGAAAGAAAGACGUACAGUUUCAAACAUAUCCACUGACUGUGGGCACCUCCGGUUUUUGCUACCCUCCCUGGACAUACCCUGGAGUAACCUGCCUGUCAGAAAGGGCUGAGAAACCCACCCUGAGAAACCAGACUCGACUGAUGACAUUUUUUGUUGUCGUUUUCAUUCCUUUCUCAUGCCGUGUACCGUAUUCAAUAUAGAACCCCCUGUUCUUCUAAUCACCUCUGAGAACUAAGUAACUUUUUGGGGUAUGUGUCACCAUUCUGUGAUUAAAAAAGCUGCUGGUCUGAUUACAGUCUGUGUGCUAAAGCUUUUUGUGGGUGUUUUAAUACUACUGUGUGAUUAGUUUGCAGCUAAAGAAACUGCAUUAAGUAAUCAGUAUUUCUACUGGACUUGAGUGUCUUACUGGGAGCUCAACUGAAAAAGCGUAUUGCUGAAUGCAGCGUGCUUUUUUAUCAUAUGAAUGUAACUGUAGAGUUUACUAGGAAUAAAGCAUAAUAGAAUAGUAUACACUUAUUUGAUUAGAAGACUUUUGUAACAAAACUAUGCAUUUACUAAAGGGAUUUCUAAAAGUGAAAGUUUUAAAUUGUAUUAUUAUUUAUAUACAGUCAAAAUAUAUAUGUUUAAAUUUGCUCCACUCACUAUUUUGUGAAAUUAUUAGAAUGUAAGUGAUCAUCAUUUCUGAGAAGAAAAUUUAAAGCCAUUUUCUUAAUGAUAUAAUUAUGAGAACUGUGAAAAUGCAAAGCAAUACCAUGUAGAUUUUGUAAUCAAUAAAUUGAAUAAAUAAAUCAUAAUGAUUUAAUAUUAAAAUUGGCUUUUUAAAAAUAAAUUGCUAUUAAUGAAUUAAGUAGAAAUUAAUGCAAGUAUUUGCUUGGGAAAGAAUCACUUAAGACUAACUUAUUGUAGUAGUUCCUAACUAAUCCUCUGGGCUGGUCUGCAGACUUAAACCCCAGAGGAGGUACCGGUAGCAACGUUUAUGGAUUUGGACAUUUGCUUUGUUGCUUGAUUUAGUAUGAGAUUCCAAAUUCCUUUCUUUCCCUUAGGGAAUGGGAUGUGUGGCUGUCCAUAACAAGGAUAGCUGUGUCACAUCCGCUUUGCUCCCGAGCCACCGGCUGUGGGUGCCAAGGUGCCCACGAGGCAGGGCCAGCCCUGGAUGGAGGGAUAGGAGCCGGUGAUGUGAGCUUGGACUUUGCUCACAGCGCAGCAAAGAGAGCCUGGACCCGGGAACCUGACAGGAGCCUGGUGGGCUGCGGUGUGGAGGGUUCGUAGGUGGAGGUUCUGUCUGGCCCAUGGCUGGGUGCCUCCGCUCUAGGAGAAGCUUUGGAGAGACAGAGUGGCCCUGCAGAAAAACCCUUUCCCAUGAAAAGAUAAAACUCUUGAAGAUCUCAAACAAGCAGAAUGUAGAAACUGAGGGACAGUAGAAAACACCCGCAAUCACACCCAUGCCAUCAUGUUCGGUUUAGUCCUGGUUGGGUCCAUUGUGUCUCCUGUGAUGUAUGAAUGGAUGGCUUUCAUUUAUGUGAUUUAUACCAAAGUUUUAAUGUCAAGCCUUCAAAUUUUGUAAAAAAAAAAAAAAAAAAAAAAGACAAAAAGUGGCCCCAGGAACAAAAUAAAGAGAAAAGGGAUGGGAUCCUUUCUUAUGCUAAGGGAUUUUUUUCCAGUAGUACUUGGUGGCUGUUCCAGGGAUGCUGAAUUGUCUGUAAAUGUUGGUAUUUACAGUAUGAAAUGUUGUACUGUUGCAUGUUGGGCCGUAGAACAGGAGGCGGCUUUGGUGGAUGCAAAGUCCCGCUGGUUCUGUGACAGUCAGUAGGUGUUCUUCGACAAAUGGGCUGCCAGGGACACGACUGGGAAGAACAGAGCGGCUGUUGCGGUAGCGCAGAAUAUCUCCCUGUGGCCGGCGGCUCAGCCCAGACAGCUGCGGCCUCGCUGACAAAGUGCCUUACUGGCCGCUAUUUUAACUUGUAUUUUGAAAUUUAUUCACAGCAUGUAGACUACAAAACAGAAAAGCUAGAUAGGAAAACCAGUACUGUCUUUAUUUCAAAUGAACUGAUAUGGAAUGGAUUGUAGUGGUCUGGUCGGGUGUCUUGGAGCUGUGUGGUGCAGCACACGCCGUCUCCCUGUUGUUGUCAGAUCAUGGAAGCAGACUCUGUGGUCCGGGGAGAAGCGCACAAGGGUUGUGGUGUUGCAAGUAAAUAAAACCAAUGCAAAACUGUUCCAGUUUUAGUAGGAGAUUUUUUGAUAGCUUUAAUCUCUGGUAGAGUGAACUUCUGGGCCUGUCCCGCUCUGGGUUACAGCGCACAGACAUGCGGUACCUGCAGUGCCGCGGGGAGAGUGGGGCUCCGGCCACCUGACAGAGGGAAAAACACUGGCAAAUACAUGGAAUGUUGCUGUAACACAUCUGUUUGCAUGUCCGUAAGCAUCAAGUUCAUUCUCCAUUUCAAGACUGAUAAUUUGCUAUUCUGGAAGUGUUUUAUAAAUUAUUCUAAAUUUUCUAACUUUUGAUACAGGUGAUGAUUUUUGAGGUAAUACCGAAUUUGUACUGCGCGGUAAUCAACUAGAAAGAUAAUUAACUGUUCCUUCAUGUUCCGUAACACCGGUGUGACCGAUACUGAAGUUGUCUGUUACUCCACGAGACAGAAAACUCCACGUUUUUGUCCCAAAUAAAGGCUUGUUAAGU